UCUCUAUCUUGCAGUAUUGUUUUUUCUUCUAACUCUUCCUGACCUCUCAAAUUCCUUUCCAUGGAUAUCGCCUCCUCAUCAUACAAACUACCACGGAAGUACGAUGUGCUCAUCAACUUCACUGGAGAAGACAUCAACAGAAAAUUUGUUUCUCAUCUCAAUUCUGUCCUCUCUACUGUUGGUCUUACCACUUUCCUUCAUCACCACAAUGCAGUGAAGUCAACUCACAUCCAAGAACCUAUUCUCAGCCACUGUCGGGUAGCAAUUAUUGUUUUCACCCAAACGUAUUCUCAAUCUGCUUGGUGUCUUAAUCAGCUUGAACAAAUCAUCAAAUGGCACGAAACUUAUUUCCGACAUGUUAUGCCAGUAUAUUAUGAAAUCCAGCCAUCUGAUGUACGUCUUCAGAAGGGUGACUUUGGAAAAGUCUUGAAGGCAACUGCACAGCAAACAUUUUCAGGAGAAGAACUGGAGCAUGGAAUGUCCAGGUGGAGCCAUGCACUCACCAAAGCUGCAAAUUUCUUUGGAUGGGAUGAGAGCAAUCACAGGAGUGAUGCUGAACUAGUGGACAAAAUUGUUAAGAGCGUUUUUAAUUUACAAGUCUUGUCUGCUACUAAAUUUCCUGUUGGAUUACAAUCCCACGUGGAAGAUUUGAUUCGAACUAUCAAAAAUAAAUCCACUGAAGUUUGUAUGAUAGAGAUAUGUGGAGAGGAAGGAUCUGGUAAAACCACUCUUGCCAAAGCCAUCUACAAUCAAAUUCAAUGGACAUUCAAAGACAAAAGUUUCAUUGAAAAUAUUUCACAAUUUAGAGGAAUAAGAGGGCUUCUUCGUUUACAAGAACAACUUCUUUUAGAUAUCCUAAAACAAAAAGUGGAGAUUCCUAGCGUUGAUGUGGGAAGAACUAUGAUUCGGGAAAGACUAUUAGGAAAAAGGGUUCUGAUUGUACUUGACGAUGUUAAUUACUUUAAUUUAUUCGACCUAUUUGAUUGUCUUAAAUUGUUAGUUGAAGGAAGUGUUAUAAUCGUUACAUCAAUAUAUGGAAUAGGGCUGGGAGAUCAAGCUAAUUUUGACUUUCAGGUAGAGCGAAUGAACGCAGAGGAGUCCCUUGAGCUUCUUAGUUGGCACGCAUUUAGAGAAGCAAAACCAAAAGAAGAAUACAAAGACCUUGCAAGAAGAGUAGUUAGUUAUUGUAGAGGACUACCACUAGCUCUUGAAGUCGUUGGAAGUAGUUUAUUUGAAAAGAAGAAAGAAGAAUGGGACACUGUAUUGUUAAAAUUUGCGAUAGUUAGCAGGCAUCAUGUUUCAGAGAUAAUAAAAAUAAGCAUCGAAGGAUCACUCAAUGAAAUAGAAAAAGAUAUAUUCCUUGAUAUAUGUUGUUUUUUUGUUGGUAAGAGCAGAGCCUAUGUUACGAAGAUCCUAAAUGGCUGUGGAGUAGACGCUGAUAUUGGAAUAAGAGUUCUCAUGGAGCGUAACCUCAUCAAAAUUAACAAGAACAACAAAUUUGGAAUGCAUCCUUUGCUACAAGAAAUCGGAAUAAGAAUUACUCAGGAAAAUUUAGGAAAGGAACAUUGGAAGAACAGGCGACUGUGGUUUGGUAUGGAUGCAAGAUAUGUAAGAACAUUCUUUACAUGUGGUUUGAAACUUCUUUUGAAAGUGUUUUCUUUCUCCUGUGCAGUACAUUUGUUUUUAUUUGCUCUUUUCAACACAGGGGACAGAAGUCAUGCAGUGGUUGCCUGGGAAACAGCCUUCAGUUCUCACUGCCAUCGGAAGUGUACAACCCACGGUAAAUUUUCAGUACCUUCUUAAGAAACUACGAUGGAUCAGUUCGCAUGCGUUUUCUUCAGAAGGUCUGCCUAAAAACUUUUAUUGGGAUGAUGCAACAGCUAUUGAUUUAAAACGCAGUCUUCUUCGAUUUGUCUGGAAAACAUCCCAGGUUUUAUUACCACCCACUUCUCGUUAAAAUACAACUUAAUUAAAAUAAAUUAGCAGCUUCCUAUUAUUUCAUUUUUAAUUUGUAGUCUAAUAUUUCUAAAAUGAAAAACUAUCUUGGUGCAGGUUUUGAUAUCGCUAAAAGUCCUUAACCUCAGUCAUUCCAAGCAUUUAACUACAACCCCUGACUUUACCGGAUUACCAAGUCUUGAACACCUCAUUUUCAAAUAUUGUUCAAGAUUGAGCAGAGUACACCAAUCUAUUGGAUCACUCAACAGUCUUAUACUGCUAAAUUUGAAAGACUGUACAAGUCUAAACAAUCUUCCAACAGAGAUAUAUGAGUUGAAAUCUUUAAGAACCUUCAUUCUCUCUGGUUGUUCCAAGAUUGACAUAAUGGAUAAAGAUAUAGCAAAGUUGAAAUCCUUGAUAACUCUAAUUGCUGAAAAUACAGCUGUGAAAGAAGUGCCUUUUUCAAUUGUAAGCUCAAAAAGCAUUGGAUAUAUAUCCCUACGUCAAUUUGAGGGAUUAUCUCAUAAUCUUUUUCCUUCUAUCA